CGUGGCCCUUUCCUUUCCAAGAUGGCGGCGGCCGCGGAGGCCGCCUCGUUCCUGGCCCUGAGCCCCGGGGCGCGGGACCCCGGCAGCGCCCGGCGGCGGCCCCGCGGCGCCCGGCACCGCAAGAAGGGCUGGAAGCGCUGGGCCGGCCCCGAGGCGCGGCUGGGCCGCGAGAUCGGCGACUUCCUGGAGGAUGUGGCGCUGCAGCAGCGGGUGGCGGGGGGCCUCAUCGCGGAGCAGCCGGACGAGGGGCUCUUCUUCGUGGACACGGGCAAUGCGGAGAAGGAUCGGAAGCUGAACAAGGGCCGGGAGAAGCCGCUGCACAUCGACCUCGUCCUGCGGCCCGACUCCAAGGUGCCAGCACCCAAAAACAUUUUGGCCUACCAGGUCCCCAACGGGCGCAAGGAGAGGCGGCGGCGGCAGUUUUGGGAGCGGCUGGAGCAGCGCGGCGUGCUGCCCCGUGCCGAGCGCCUGCUGCGGGCACGGCUGCGGGCAGGGGCCCCCCCGAGGGAAAAACCCCUGGAAAAAGGGCGCCUGGACCCCUCCCGGGACUUCUACGACAUCUGGGCGGAUGACAACCCCCUGGAGCAGGCGAUGGCGGGGCAGGACAGCUGGUUCCUGCAGGAGACCAAGAAGCAGAGGGUGAAGCGCCCCCCCAGGCUGCAGAAGAAACCCUCGCAGGUCCCCGCCGUGGAAGUCAUCGCCCCGGGGGGCUCCUACAACCCCACCUUCGAGGACCACCAGGCGCUGCUGCUGCGGGCGCACGAGGUGGAGGUGAGGAAGAAAAGGGAGGAGGAGAAGGUGGAGCGGCAGCUGAGCUUCCCCCCCGCCGCUGAGGCCCCCACCGCGGAGACGGUGUUCCGGGAGCAGUGCGAGGGGCUGCUGGAGGAGUCGGGGGGCGAGGAGGAGGAGGAGGAGGAGGAGGAAGAAUCAGGGGGGGCGGCAGACCCCGAGGACCCCCCCAAAGCAGCCGCGCCCCCCCCUCGGCCGGGGAAGAAAACGGAGCAGCAGCGGCGGAGGGAGAAGGAAGCGCGAGCGCUGGUGCUGCAGCGUCGCCGCGAGAAGGCAGCGCGGUGCCGGCGGCAGGAGCUGUUCCGCCUGCGGGCGCUGGGCCGGCAGCUGCGGCGCUGGGAGGCCGAGCGGCUGCGGCGCCGCCGCGCGCGGGAAGCCAAGCGCAGGGCCCUCGAAGGCCGGCCCCGACGCCUCGGGCGCCUCAAGUACGAGGAGCCGAGUCUGGAGGUGCAGCUGAGCGACGAGCUGGCCGAGUCCCUGCGCACGCUGAAGCCCGAGGGCAGCGUGCUGCGCGACCGCUUCAAGAGCCUGCAGAAGCGGAGCCUGAUCGAGCCCCGGGAGAGGGCAAAGUUCAAGAGGAAAUACCGCCUGAAAUACGUGGAGAAGAGAGCUUUCCGGGAAGUGACGUUGUAGCUGCGCUUCCUCGGCCCAAUAAAACCCUUUGCACCA